AUGUCUUUUGAAAGCAACGACCCUUAUGAAUUUAUUUUGUCUCAAACUUCAAGUGAUUUCCUUCCCAAAGGUGGCAAUCGUGGACGUAAAAAAACAAAAAUCGCUACUGCUUCUGAAAUAACAGCAACGUUCACCACAAAUACACGUCCUGUUACUCCUAGAAAACGAACAGAAAGCGUACCAGUUCGAACUCCGUCUACACGUACGAGAAAAUCAGCAACAGUGUUGAUUCCGACCAAUGUUUCACCAUCAAAAAUAAGUAAACAAUCUAAAAAGUCCGCCAAUGAUAGCGAAUUUUUACCAAUAGCACAAUCUGGUUUUUCACAGUUCGUCGAAACAAAAAAGGUCGAUAAGAAAGAACAUCAAAAUAAACGAAAACGAAAUGUGAAAAAGAAAAAAAAUCAAGAUGAUGAUGAAGAUUAUGAUGGACGCCUACCAAAAGUAAAACGCUCAAAACCAUCGAAAGCAGUCACAUCAAGAGUCGAUAUCGAACUAGAAAAUAUCAGUGAUGAAGUAAAAGCAAUCGAACAAAUGCGAUUAAUUUACGAAACUCCAGCGGGUCGUACAAAUCUCAAUAAAGUUGCAGAAAAUAAUACAAAACUUGUUGAUGAAUUCAUACAACGUCAAACACCUUUGACUACAGUGGUGCCUAAACAGGUUAUAAAUAAAGCAGCUCGGCAACAGAGUAUUAGCAGAACGUCAGAAAAACAUCUCAAUGAAUUAGCUUGGUUAAAUGAAGAUUAUGUUACACCACAGCCACCAAUUGAAAUCGUUCCAGUUGUAGACUACGCAAAUACUUCAGCAACGUUUAUUCCUGAUUCCCUUGGGUUCUUCACAUCUGCUCAUGAUAAUAAUGACACACUUUUUCAAGAGAAAAUUGAAAAAUUAAAUGAAAAAAUGGCUGCUGAGCUUCCUAUAUUAUUGACUAUACAUCCGACAAAAAAAAUGGAUUCAACGACAACAAACAUCACGAAUUUGUCUGUAUUUGAAAAUGUUCGAACAUCAAUUCAUUUGACAAAUGAUCAGACAAUUCAAACAGAAACAGCGCCAACAAAAGAUGAAAUAUCUCAGACAGAUCGACAACCGUCGAAAGAUCAAAUUAUUCAAACAAAUAUUUUAAUCAGUUCAGUUCAAACUCAGUGUGAAACAACAGCAGAAAAAACAACAACUAAAUCAACAAAUACUACUAAAAUACAUGUUUGUUCAUCGACAACGCAAACUCUUUUAGAGGAAAAUGUAAAACUAGAUCAAAGUGUUCAGACAUUACCGUUGGCAAAUCAACAAGAUCAUUUACCACAUCAUACAUGCUGUCGAGAUAUUAUACAAUGUCCGUGUGUGCAGUUAUACGGUAAAACAGAAAGAUUUUUUAUGCAAACAUUAUCAACGUUUUUCAAUCGAAUACGAUCAGUAAAUAAUGGUCAGCAACAACGUCAACCUCGACGAUUAAAUGUUAGACGAUCGCUAUGUAGGAAAGGAACAAUUCGAUCAAGCAAGUCUCAGCAACCACAAAUACUACAACAAGAGGAAGAAGAAUAUAGAGAUAUUUCACAAGAGAAUAAUAUUGAUGAAACAACGAUAAAUGAAAAUUAUAAUGUUAUUGAAGCAACACCAUUUCCACAACAUAUUGUUGAACAAAAUACUGUGCAACCAAAUCAGAUAUUAGAUAAUAGUGUAUUCUUUGAAGACGAUAAAUUUCAACAUCAAAAUGAUAACAAGGAAAUAACAAUUACGGAUGAACCAGAUUUACGUUCAUUUUCUAUUGUCAAAGAAGAUACAGUUGAACAAUCUUCACAAAAUAUUGAACAUUUUUCAGAAGUAUCAUCAAUCGAAAUGGUCAGGAUUGCAGAGAAAGAAUCACCACUCCUUUUUCAACCACUAGAUUUAAGACAAGAAAAUAAUAACGAAGAGAAAUGGAAACAUAUGAUUUUAACAUCAUCAUCAUUAAAUGAACAACAAAAAUUUGAAUUUGAUAAGUUUAUUAAUUAUUUUAAUAUUGAAUAUUCUCCAGUAGUGAAUAAUAAAACAACCCAUUUAAUCACAGAUGAAGAAGGUGACACAUUAGCUUGUCCACUAACUGGAAAAGUGAUUCAAGCAAUUUCUCGACACAUGUUUAUUGUUUCUUAUCGUUGGAUUAUUAAAUGUUUAGAACAAAAACAUUAUGUAGAUGAAAUAGCAUAUGAAAUUCGUGGUGAUUUAUCUUGUGAUCAAAUUCAUAAUGGAAUGUUUAAUUCAAGAACAAAUCCACAAAAUUUACUAUUCAACAACUAUGCAUUCAUUUUAAAAUGUUCCGGUUGUUUACCAUUUUCUGAUAAUCAACCUUUAAUUGAAUUGAUUCAAUUGUGUGGUGGUCUAGUGAUUAAAAAUUUAUCUGACAAUGCUGAACAUCGUCAAAAGCUCAUUUUAUGUUCGCAAGAAUUUUUUCAAAAUAAAAAAUCAUUUUCUCAAUUAUGUACAAGAUUAAAUAUUCUAUGUUGUAAGCCGCAAUGGCUACUUGUAUCGAUUACAAAAUACAAAUGUGGAACAGCAUCAGUCACUGUCAUAAAUGAUGCUGUUGUUAAUUCAGCAACAAUGUCUAGUAUUCCAGUUGUGCUUAAUAUUCUACUAGCUUUUGUAUUAACAUUAAUAUUAUUAUAUCGUUGUGGAAAUUGGCGUCGACAACAACCAAUAACCAUAAUAGCAGUGUUUAUCGCCUGGUUUUUAUCGAUAUUGUUCGUUUUCUUAUUACCAUUUGACAUAUCACUAAUAAAUAAUUCUGAUUGUCCACGACCGUGGUCCUAUGUUCAUCCAACAUCCUAUAAAGUUUUAUGGAGAAUUAUUUAUUGGACAUCACAAUUUUUAACAUGGUUUCUUCUCCCGUUUAUGCAAUCUAUUUGUCAAACGGGUGAAUUUUCCAUAAAAGGCAAAAUUAAAUAUGCUUUAAGAACAAAUUUAAUAUAUUACGGUAGUUUACUGUUAAUAUUUGGCAUAUUAGUAAUUUAUGUUGCUUCUAAUUAUCAUUUGGAUGCAGCAAAAUUAAAAGCAAUUGUGGUUACAGCUUCAAUAACAUGGGGUUUAUUUUUACUCGUAUUAAUGUUGGGUUAUGGACUUGUUCAAGUACCAUUGACAGUAUGGAAUCAUUCUCGUACAUCAUAUAUGUUAUCACACGUUCAGUUUAAAUUAUCCCAACUUUAUAAUGAAAAAGUUGAUAUUGAAGAAAAACUUGAUCAUAUUGUCGAUGAUGUAUCAAAAACAUGUACUCAUAUUAGAUAUAAUGAUCCAUUAAGACAAUGUCUUGAAACAAUAACAAAAAUUGUACCCGAACAAUAUCAGAAUAGAAUUAAAUUGAAUAUGGACGAUUAUGAAGAUUAUUCAAAUGAUAAUAAUACGUAUCAUAAACAACGAACAUCGGUUAUGUUAGAUUUACCAACAGAAAAACAAUUAAUUAAGUUACAUGGAAAUUUAAAAAAAACUAUUCAUGUUCAUCAUCGUGUUCAAGCAUCGUGGAUACAUAUGAUCGAUGAAGCAUUUUAUCUAGAAGAUUUAGUUUUAAAUGAAAAAAAUACAAAUCAUGAAUUUAAUCAUACGUCACCAUUACCAAGAUCAUUGUUAAGACAAAAAUUAUUUCAAAAACAUUCAUCUCUAGAAUGGUAUACUUACUGCUUAAUUCGUCCAUGGUUUUUGCGUAUAUGUGGUGUAGCAUUGGGUGCAAUGUCAUUAAUUGUUAUUUGGUCUGAAAUGACAUUUUUUAGUACAAAACCGAUAUUAUCAAUAUUUGCCGUAACAUUAAAUGCAGCACGAAAACAUUAUGAUUAUUUUACAAUUGAAAUCUUCUGUUGGUUUAGUAUAUCGUAUUUGUGUAUAUGCGCUUAUUAUACAAUAUUUCGUAUGCGAAUAUUCAAUUAUUUCUUUUUAUCAUUAUAUCAUUUAACAGAUGAAAAUAGUUUGAUAUUUGCUGCUACAUUUUUUUGUCGUUUAACCGCACCACUUAGUUUCAAUUUUCUUGGACUGGUACAUCUUGAUAAAGCGAUAGCAAAAGAAAUUACUCAUGAAACUGUCUUUACAAGUAUAAUGGGUGGUUUGUAUGUAAUACCAAUUAUAUCAAAAGGAUUUAAUAUUUAUUUUCCAAUGUUGAUAUUUUUUCUUUGCAUUGGAACAUUUUUUCGACUUGGUAGUCGAUGUUUAAGAUGUAUUGGUAUUCAACAAUUUUUCUAUGAUGACGAUAUUGCUUCAGAAUAUGUUGAUGAUGGAAAAAAUUUAAUGAAACGAGAGAGGCGAAAUUUUGGCGGUACGUUGCCUAAUCAAACAACAACGACAACAGCCGCACAACGUCGUGAUCGCCGACGAGAAAUUGAAGAAAAAUAUGGUCUAUCAGGAGUAAUAACAUCAUCAAGAACUACCGAUACAAUAGCAACAGAUAUUAUACAACCGAAUUCAAAUGAAAAUCAUCAAUUGAAACCAUCACUAAGUUAUGAUGAACCAUUAUUGAAUCUCAACAAUGACAAAGGUUAUUUAUCUCCUAUCCAACCAAUCUUAUCAGGUGAACCCCAACCAACAACAAAUACUUUAAAUAAUUUGGCAGCUGUUCGUGCUGAUGUUCGUGAUACGACAACUGUUUUACAUACAACCAUUGAUAAAUUAAUUCAACGUGGUGAAAAUUUAGAUAAUUUAAAUACACGUGCCGAAGAUUUAUCUGGUUCAGCUUAUUUAUUUCAUGGACGUGCUAGACAAGUUCGUCGACGAAUGCGAUGGGAAAAUUAUAAAGUGACAAUCAUAAUUGUAUGCGUUGUUAUUGCUAUUAUUACAAUUGUUGUUUUAGUAAUUGUGCGCCCAUGGAAAAAAAAAUGA